AUGGUUGUUCUUGUCCCAAAUAUUCAAAAUACGGAUUUAACAAAAGAUGACUUAAAAUUAAUAAAUAAUAUGGAUAAUGUUAAUACACGAGAAAUUGAAAUGAUUAAUCCAAUGAAUCAUAAAGAACAUCAAGAACAUAAAUAUAUAUGGGAUUAUUACAAGGAUACUUGGUCAAAAAUAAGAGUUUGGGAAUUAAUUGAAUAUGAGAAAGUCAUUUAUUUGGAUGCAGAUAUGUUAUUAUUAAAAAAUAUUGAUGAAUUAAUGAAUUUUAGUUUAAUUGAAGGGAUGGUGGCUGCUACUCAUGCAUGCACUUGUAAUCCUCGUAAAAUUCCUACUUAUCCUGCUCAUUGGAUUCCCGAGAAUUGUGCUUAUACUAAAGGUCCAAUAGCUCCCGAAUCUGCCGAUAUGCCGCCAAAAACUUCUCCUCUCUCUUAUUUCAACUCCGGUUUAUUAGUACUUAUUCCUUCAAUUAAAACCUUUAAUAAAAUUUAUAAUCAUUUAAUAAAUCAUCCUAAUAAAGAAAAACUUUACUUUCCUGAUCAAGAUUUAUUGAAUGAAGUGUUUAAAAAUAAUUGGAAACCUUUACCUUAUACUUAUAAUGCCUUAAAAACUUUAAGAUCCUGUCACGCUCUUAUGUGGCAAGAUCAUUCAAUAAGAAAUGUUCAUUACAUCAUGAACGAUAAACCUUGGAAAUUAAAUAUUGAAAAAGAAAGAAUGAAACCAAAAGAAAAACGGGAUGAAAAUUUUUUACUUAAUAAUUGGUGGUGGAAAUCAAAAAGGACGAGAAAUUUAGAUAUAAAAGAACAACAUUUUCUUCUUCCUAAAAUUCAAAUUCAACAAUAA